UUAGUAUGAAAUGAUGGCGUUAGUGGCGCAACCAUGUAGUAACCUAACUUACUAUAAACAAAACAUUACAAGUGCAGUGAUAGACAUUGUACCAUAACUUGUGUGUUGAGAGGUUAAAAUUAUAUUAGGAAAAUAUAAUGUUGAAAUCAAUUUUAGCAGAAGAAUGUACUCGUACCAAAUUAGCACCAUCGUUAGAAAAAGUAUUAAACGAUUUAGACAGAGAAUCCACGCAUCACGAUUAUAUUGUUGCUUUAAUAAUAGUAUUGUUAGCAGAGGCUGGCUUUUAUUUGUCAUCGUCAUAUAGUGACCGGCCACAAUGUCCAAAACUACUCUAUAUACCAAAAAGUUGGAAAUCGCGAGACACGGGAAUAUAUGAAAUGUAUUUUCAACUAGAAAGUGUUCCUGAUGUAGAAUGCAAACUAGUUGUAGUCCCUCUGGGAGACACAUUGAUUUUGAAUUUUUUUCCCCUUAUGGAUGGUAAAACGACUUACAGUAUAAGUGUACAGACUCUGAAGUAUGUUAAUCCUUACUCGAGUGAUCUUUGUGGACGGUACAUGAAUCUUAAAGCAAUAUCUCACAGGUUUAAGGAUCAAUUGUCUACACCAGUGCGUAAAGAUCUAUUUAUCAAAGCUGGUGUAAUGGGUCCUAGUCUUCAAACUAUUCCAAUUGAGUUGAAGUUCAGAAUUUUAAGACUGCUAGAUGCCUAUAGUGUAACAAAGAUGGCACAGUGUUGUAGAGAAUUCCGUGAUAUAUGCUCAGAAUCACAAUUAUGGAAGGAUUUACUAUAUAGGGAUUUUCCAGGAUGUUACCGUACAGUAUCAAAUGGCAAAGACUGCUAUCGUUUUAGAUUAUCACUGAACUGUUGUUCCAAGGAACUAAUUCCCGAAACAUAUCGGAAAAACUAUGUUGCUGGCCGUAAUUACCGCAAGAAGGUUUUAUUUCAAUUUUCGAUAAAGUAUAAUUUGAACUAAUCAAUCAAUCACAACACAAAUAGUCCUAGUACCAUUAACUAACUAUAGGAUAGACCUGGCAUUAUAUAGAAUUUCGUGUCUAGCUAUAAAAAACGCAAGAAGAUUUUCUAUGAGAAUUGUUUCACUUAACAGGAGAAAGUUAAUAUAAUAUCUAAAUAUUUUGAAAAAUUGAGAUCAUCUAUCGUGAUUAGGAAAUUUCAACAUCAAAGUAAUCUUUUAAAAUGGAAGUACAUAUUUUUAUUGUUAUAAAUUUUUAUUCUAAGCAAGCAAAUGAGCAGUGUGAUAUAAUUUCCAGCAUGAGUAUAUUUCUAAUGACAUAAUGUAUACAAGCAUGCAAUCCUACUAUUAGAAAUAAAAAUUUGCCGAAUGGUAAUCGUUUAUUUACAUUAAGGAUUAGAUCGAUAGAUGGCGAAAAUCUGUAUUUAAAAUUUGUUUCUUUAAUUACAUAUUGCAUAUGCCUAUCAUAUAAGUAGUUAAGACUAAAAUGCACGCCUUCCAGGGCAUUCCACGUCAAGUUCACUUGUUAACGAGUAACUGUAGUACAGACUAAAUUACCUAAGAUAUUUAUGGGAAUUUUUUGCGAUCUACACUGAAUUACAGAGAGCGUAGUUCUUAGCUUCAUAUCGUGUUCUAAAGAUUAAUUUGUUGAUAUAAAAACAUGAUUGUAAAGAUUAAUCUUUGGAAAACAAUGUUAAUUACCAGGUCUCAUCACGAGGAGGUGACUACGCAUACGAGACCCACCCUGGACCCCUAAUCCCAUUGAUUGGAAAUUGAAUAUCUUGAAAAAGCUUGUGGCAUUUGCACAAGCUUGAGUUUAGUAUGAUAUCUACUGAUAUACGAACACGGAAUACUACAGCUUACAGUAGUCGAUUGAAAUCCACUAAUUGUAAGAAAAAUAAGUGAGAAGCAUGAAUACGAAGGUAGAUUAUUGUGACGUAAACUAUUGAAAAAUAUUAAUUAUCAAGACCUACCCUGCACGAGUGUGAUGACACUCGCUGCAAUGAAUGGCUUUUCAGUUUAAAAUUGAGGUCGCAUUUCAGUUCAGAUUAUCAUAUUUGAAUCUUUAACCAAUCACCGAAGAAACCAAACCAUGCGACUCACCGUCGUAGAAUUGGAAAUUAGUUGCAACAAAUUCUUUGCUCAAGUCUAUGAACGUUGUUUCUUUUCUUCUCAAAUCCUUCUAUCGGUUUUAUAAUGGACACGCUUUGGUGGCAGAAAGAAACAGAACAGAAAAUAAAUUAUUAAAAUAUUAAAUAGUGUUUUGAAAUGUUAUAGAAACAGAAUAAUUAUUUCAUUGUUAUAAGGAAUUUAUUAAAAUUGUUAAAUAAUGUUUAAAGGUAGUGAAUAAUUAAAUUAAUGAUUUUAUGUUGUUAUAAACAGAUCUUUAAAAUUGUUAAGUAAUGUUUGAAAAUAUUAUUGAAAUAAAAUAAUUUAUUGACAAUGUUAAAUAAUAUUUAGGAAUGUUAUAGAAAUGAAUCCGUGAUUUCAUUGCUAUAAAUAAAGUAUUAGAAAUGUUAGAUAUCGCCCAGCUUACGAUAAUAUAAGUUUCCGUGUUGUCGAUGUGUACGCUGCGAAGGUUCAGGUAGUAGUAACGAUCUCCCGCUGUAGUAUCACUCAAAGUCAUCGUGAAUGUUUGGAGAAAGGGCAAAACUUUCGAUACGUCGAAAUCUGAUUUUCCUAUUAUAGCAAUCAAUAAUUUUUAGAUUAUUACUACACAUUUAUACUUUCGGCGAUUUAUUGUAAUAAUUAACAUUAUAAUUUACAUAUUUAUUGCAAGUUACAACUACAUUUAAAGUUUCAUGUCAUUAGUUUUUCACCUGUAAUUAUAUUAAUAUUAUAUUAAAUGCUAGUUUAUGAUGGAAAUAAUUAUGUUAUAAAAAUGAAGUUGACCAGUUAUCGUCAAUCAUGCAUGGCCACGGUAAAUGUACAUAUGGGUGGGGCAGAUAAAAAUAUUACAAGUUGUUUUCUUCGAAGCCAUUGCAGAUAUCAACUUGACAUUUUUUGGUGUUAAAUAGCACAGAGGGGUUAACACUUUAGGCUGUAAGAUAUUGUGCGGGUGAGUCUUUUGGAAAUGAAAGGGAUGUUACCCCAUUCUUUUUUAAUAGGGUGACAUUAAUUUAUCGAUAUUCGGACAGAUGUUAUCAAAUCUAACAACUUUUACCGAAGGGGUUUUUUUUACUUUACAUAGUUAAAGAGUUAUAGCGUAAAAUACCUUACGUAAGGAGAGUUUCGUGACGAUGUGGAAAGAUAUCAAAAGAAAUAUAUUAUGCUUUGAAAACACGCAUCUAUUCUUGUGAUAAUAGCUUUGCCAAUAUUUGAUAACAUUAUUGGAAUUAUAGAUUUACAUGCGGUCUGAAUUCAUUUUUGAAUAUCUUUUUUCAUAGUUAGUGUCGUUGCAAUCACUUUUUCCUUUACAUAGCUCAAUAAAAGAUAAUCAACUGACGUUAAAUUAGGUGACCUAUUUGAGAAAUAAUUUUCAAAGCAGAAUAAAUUUUUUUUAAUGUUUUCCGACACCUUCGUGGAACUUUCCUUGCAUAAGAUA